AUGGCAAGGCCUACAACAACUACAGCAACAACAGUAAUUGGGUCGGAUGACUCCGAUGAUAAGGUGUUUCUAUUUGUGGAUUGGGCAAACACGUUUCAAGAAGCAGCAAAACAGCAUGACCCAAAAAGAUUUCCAAAUCCUUCAAUACCUGCAGUAAGUAUUAUGAUUGGAAAUGCAUUAGAGUUUUCUAGUAAUAAUCUAAUUAAAAAAUCUCGUCAUUGUAGCUCAAUAAGAGCUGCGCUAUAG